CCAACCUGAGCCUCAGGGUUACUUUCAAAGUUCAUAAUAGUAGUAGCUAUAGCAGAGCUUCUUGCAUGUUCUCUUUCUCUUUCUACUGCUCUGGUUCAUUCAUUGACUCACUAAGAUUCUCUUUCAACUAUAUAUUGAAGUCUGGGCAUUGGAGAGGAUGGGAUGCGCGCGCGCUCUCACUGUUGUUAUUACUUGAAAAACUAACUAGAUCAUUUUGUUUUUGUUCUUUAAAGUUGUUGGUGUUUUUUAAUGAGGGUUUACACUGUUUGCUGAUAACUUUCUUGGGUUUUUCAUAUAUAUUAUCACCUGGAUCACAGGUCAUCCCUACUACAGUAUUUUUCAAUGCCAAAGACUCUCUCUCUCUCUCUAUCUUUCUUGGGAUUCUUAAUAACUUGGACUUUCUUAUCUUGAAGUGCUUAGAAUCUCUCUCAAAGAUCUUCUCUAUAAAAGGUUUUAGUCACUUGAAGAUCAGCGAAGCUAAUAUUCUUGCUAUUACAAUUCUAGUUUGAUAUGUUUCUUGACAAUCUUUUCGUGUACUAGCAAACAAUUUCAUGGAGGAAUUCUAUAGGUUUAAUCCUACAUUUUUUAGUUCACCAGACGAUAGUGUCAGGCUUGAAAACCUGGCCGUUGCAAACUUUCCUGAUGCUUCUACUAGUACUACCACUGAAUUUCACAGUCAUGCUAGUAGUUUUCUUCAAGCCGGUAAUGGUCAUAGAGAAGUCACUGGAUCAGAUAUGUACGAUGCAAUCAAGACCCAGAUCGCUAAUCACCCUCGUUAUCCAGACCUAGUAUCUGCACAUUUAGAGUGCCAAAAGGUUGGUGCUCCUCCAGAAAUGGUGUCUCUUCUUGAAGCCAUAGGCAGAGGGAACUACAAAAUCAAUACUUGCUACGAGAUAGGAGCUGAUCCAGAACUUGAUGAGUUCAUGGAAUCAUACUGUGAGGUUCUUCAUAGAUACAAGCAGGAAUUGUCCAAGCCAUUUGACGAGGCUACUACGUUCUUGAGUAGCAUAGAAUCACAGCUAAGUAGUCUUUGCAAAGGAACAUUAACAAAGAUAUUUGAUUAUGGCUCAGAUGAGCCAGCAGGGACUUCCGAGGAGGAGCUAAGCUGUGGGGAGGUCGAAGCAUCUGAAAGUCAAGAAACAACAGGUGUUAGCUCAGAAGAGCAGAAUCUAAAAGGAAUGCUCAUGCGCAAGUACAGUGGCCAUCUUAGCAACUUGAGAAAGGAAUUCCUAAAGAAUAGAAAGAAAGGAAAAUUACCAAAGGAUGCAAGGACAACACUUUUGGACUGGUGGAACCACCACUAUCGAUGGCCAUAUCCUACGGAAGAGGAGAAAGCGAAGUUAUCAGAGAUUACAGGACUAGAUCAAAAGCAGAUUAACAAUUGGUUUAUCAACCAGCGGAAGCGGCACUGGAAACCAUCUGAAGAUAUGAGGUUUCCUCGCAUGGAUGGUGUCAGCGGCGACCCAGGGGCCUCCCCCAAUAUGCUAUGGUAUUGUUGGUGAUGGUUUUGGGACAUAAAAAACUCCAAUUUGGUAUCUCCUCCUCCUCCUCCUCCUCAUCCUCUUUUAUAACUUGCAUACUUGUAAAGCUAUCUACUUAAAAGUUCGUAGAUGUUUAAAAGCCAUUGGUUCCGAUUCUUACAAAGCAUUUCUGUUUCCUAAGUUGUGACCAACAUGAACUCUCUUUCUCUUGUGUAUGCAUGUUUGUGCUUUAAUCCUAUCAUGCUGAAAACCAGGAACUCCCUUGGUAACGUUAAAGGAAAUCUCAGAUCAGCUUUGUGCAUAAACUGGAGUUAUAUCAGUUAGCAGUUGUAAACUCUUAAGCUUGCUUUCUGUUUGCUGUUGCUUGUAACGCUCGUAGCAGGACCGAUCCUUUUGUAUUAUUUUAUUUUUUUGACGAUAAAGAGUAUUUUCGGA